AUGAUGAAUGGAGAGCAACCAAACUUUGGUUUCCAGUGUAAGCAAAGUAAAUAUAUGGCACCAAGUCAUGAUCUAAUUGAUGAACUUCCCCCAGAAUGCCUGUUGCAUAUCUUUAGCUUCCUUGAAUCCGCCCGGGAUCAUUGCGCCAGUGCUGCAUUGCCAAUCCGUGGAAAUUUGGGAUUAAAGUUCGUUGCUGAAUUUUGCAAACAGCUUGAAAAGCUAGAGCUGAUAAACUCAUUUAUUGAUGAUCGUGGUAUCCUACCAAUAUCUGAGAAUUGCUUACAUUUGUCCAUACUGAGCCUUGAGCACUGUCCGUGCAUUAGUAACGAGUCACUAAUGGCAUUUGCAAACAAGUCUUUGCAUAUUAGGUGCAUCACAUUAAUAGACUACCAGCUUAUUGGAGAUUCUGGCAUCUUUUCUCUCAUACCUAGUCAACCAGAGUUGACGAGGAUCAAGCUUAUCUCUAUGAAUGUUGGCGAUGAAGUUCUCAUAGCAAUACAAGAGCAUGCACGGGCUUUAAAGGUGUUUUACUUAGAAAAAGGUUCAUAUCCUAGAGAGAAUCACUACUCAUGGAUCGAAGCAAUCGGUAAACUUGAUGCAGCUAUACCUCGUCCUUUUGCCACUUUUGUAAGAAGGAGCUUGGCCCGCUUAAAGAUUUUGGAAAUGAAAGGUCAUGUCUCAUUAAGUGAUGAUUUUUUAUUAGCACUGAGCCGAACAACCAAGUUAGUCCAAAGGUUCAAGUUAAAGAAUUGUCGAGGAUUCACCUCCGGAGGAAUCCUGGCAGCAGUUGCAAACUGGAGCCAGCGCUUAGAGGUAUUAUCAUUGAAGAACUGCAUUGUAGUUGGAAAAAAAGAAGUGACACAAGAACAAGACUUACAAACCUUCCCAUCACUAAGAACCCUCAAAUUGAUAAAAUGCGAAGGAGUUGAUGACUGUUUCUUGUCUUCAUUAGGGCCAGUGUGCAAGCAAGCAAAGCAUGUUAGCUUGGAUGGUUUAGAAUCAUGUUAG